UGUUUAUAAGGUUAAUUUGUCUUUGCUUCAGUUUCCUCAUCUGCAUGGGGGGAACUCAUAGCAGCCCUAUGUAGUAGGUACUAUUAUAAUCUCCACCUUACAGAUGAGGAAACUGAGGUAGAGGUUAAAUAAUUUGUCCAAGGUCCACAGCUACUAACUAUUCCCUUGUUCAUGGCAAUAAAAGUACAUGAUUCUGAAACUUUUCCAUGUUAGUCCCUACUAAUUUCAUUUCUCUUGUGAGGCCCUCAGGCAAUUGUCUGCCCUGUAAGGUCUGGCGAUAGUCAAGGUAGUGUUGUAACUUGUACAAUAUAGGCAAGAGUUAGGACUAUUGCAUCCAUUUUCAUCCCAGAAGAUGUAAAAUCCUGUGAGGACGCGUGGUGGCGCUGCAGGAUAAGAAGGUGCAAACCAGAACCUCAGCUUCGGCUCCAUUAACAGGCAAAAUUUACCAGCAGAGCUUGGAAGCCCAAGGGAAGCUCGGGUGCCACAGAAGAAAGACUGGGUCCUCUGAAAAGCACUACUCACCGGAAUAUUUCUGAGGCAUCCUGUGGAAUAAUCACAGUCUCAAAUACUGAGUUCUUUUCAGCUCAGCGGAACCAGCCUCGCCACAGGCUGUACCAAGCAAGAACAAUGGAGGCCAGCAGGAAGAUCAUUUGCAAACAAAGGCAAGUCGUUUUGCUCUUUCUCUUCUUGGGCUUAUCUCAGGCGGGCCCUGAAGCUAGGCGUUAUUCUGUGGUGGAGGAAACUGAGGGGAGCUCGUUUGUAACCAAUUUAGCCAAGGACUUGGAUCUGGGCCAGAGUGAACUCUCCAGGCGGGGGGCUAGGGUAAUUUCCAAAGGGAACAAACUGCAUUUGCAGCUCGAUCAGGACACCGGAUAUUUGUUGCUAAAUGAGAAAUUGGACCGCGAGGAACUGUGCGGUUACACAGAGCCCUGUGUGCUGCGUUUCCAAGUGUUGCUAGAGAAUCCCUUAGAGUUUUUUCAAGCUGAGCUACAAGUAAUAGACAUAAAUGACCAUGCUCCGGUGUUCAUAGAAAAAGACAUGUUGCUAAAAAUAUCAGAGAGCACUCCUCCUGGCACUGCAUUUCCUCUGAAGAACGCUCAGGACGUGGAUGUAGGCCGAAAUAAUAUUGAGAGUUAUAUAAUCAGUCCCAACUCCUAUUUUCGGGUCCUCACCCGCAAACGCAGCGAUGGCAGGAAAUAUCCGGAGCUGGUUCUAGAAAAAGCGCUGGAUCGCGAGGAGGAACCUGAGUUCAGGUUAACCCUCAUCGCUCAGGAUGGCGGCUCUCCACCUCGGUCUGGCACUGCUCAGGUCUACAUCGAAGUCAUGGAUAUCAAUGAUAACGCCCCUGAAUUUGAGCAGCCUUUCUAUAGUGUUCAGAUCCCUGAGGACAGUCCCAUAGGCUUCCUGAUUGUCACGGUCUCUGCUACGGAUGCAGACAUAGGAGUCAACGGAGAGAUUUCCUACUCACUUUUCCAGGCUUCAGGAGAGAUUAGAAAAACCUUUGAGAUCAACCCCAUGACAGGAGAUAUUCGACUGAAAAAACAUCUUGAUUUCGAAACAAUUCAGUCCUAUGAGGUCAAUAUUGAGGCCAGAGAUGCUGGAAGCUUGUCUGGAAAAUGCACCGUUCUGACUCAAGUUUUGGAUGUGAACGACAAUGCCCCAGAAGUCACCAUGUCCGCACUGACCAGAGAGAUCCCUGAGAACUCGCCUGAGACUGUGGUUGCAGUUUUCAGUGUUUUGGAUCUUGAUUCGGAAGAAAAUGGGAAAGUAAGUUGCUCCAUUCAGAACGAUCUACCCUUUUUCCUGAAAUCUUCCUUGGAAAACUUUUACACCCUAGUCACAGAGAGACCGCUGGACAGAGAGAGCAGAGACAAGUACAACAUCACCAUCACCGUCACUGACUUGGGGACCCCCAGACUCAAAACCCAGCACAACAUAACCGUGCUGGUCUCCGACGUCAACGACAAUGCUCCGGCCUUCACCCAAACCUCCUACACCCUGUUCGUCCGCGAGAACAACAGCCCCGCCNAUAAUGUUGUCACCGUCUCUGCCAGCGAUUUAGACAGCGGAGUCAAUGGGAAAAUAUCAUACUCAUUCAUUCAGCCUUCAGAAGAUAUUAGAAAAACUUUGGAGGUGAAUCCUAUGACAGGAGAAAUUCGACUGAGGAAACAAGUGGAUUUUGAAACACUUCGGUCUUAUGAAGUGGACAUCAAGGCCACUGAUGGGGGAGGUCUUUCAGGAAAAUACACUCUUCUCCUGCAGGUGGUGGAUGUGAAUGAUAACUCCCCAAAAGUGACCGUGUCAGCACUCACUGGCCCCAUCCCAGAGAACUCACCUGAGGUUGUAGUUGCUGUUUUCAGUGUUUCAGAUCCCGACUCCGGGGACAACGGAAACACUAUUUCCUCCAUCCAGGAUGACCUUCCUUUUCUUCUCAAACCUUCAGUCAAGAACUUUUACACGUUGGUAACGAGCAGAGCCCUGGACAGAGAAGAAAGAGCCCAGUACAACAUCACCAUCACCGUCACCGACUUGGGGACCCCCAGAUUGAAAACCCAGCACAACAUAACGGUGACGGUCUCCGACGUCAACGACAACGCCCCGGCCUUCACCCAAACCUCCUACACCCUAAAUAGUCUCAGAGACACNGGUGGCUGCUCGGUGCCCGAGGGCCACUUUCCGGGCCACCUGGUGGACAUCGGCGGCACCGGGACCCUGUCCCACAGCUACCAGUAUGAGGUGUGUCUGACGGGAGGCUCAGGUACCAGUGAGUUCAAGUUUCUAAAACCAGUUAUCCCCAAUCUCGCAUUCCAGAGCUCGGGGAAGGAAAAAGAAGAAAAUCCCUACUUUCGGAAUAGCUCUGAGAUUUAAUUACUCAUAGGAACCUAUAAAAAGGACAUUAACUUCUAAUGUAUUCUGUCCACUAUCUAAAUUGUUUAUGCCCACCACCACCAAUAAGGUGCUGUUUAAUUUUCUCUAUUUGGUUCAUCCUCAAUUUCCAAAUUUAUGCUUAACUUCACAAAUUUUCUUUUCCUCAUUUUUUAGCCCAUUUUAAGUAUUUCUUAAUAGAAUCCCAAUGAGCGUAAUAGGGUUUACCUUCAAAAUUAAUUUCAUGAAAUUUUUUCCAUCUUAUAAAUGUCUUUAUUGACAUUCUAUUUACAUUUUUAGUUCUUUCCCUAGAAUUUCUCCAAUUAUUAAACUGCUGCAUGUGUUUGUACAUUUA